UCCCAGCAGACAGUCAAAAGAAUUUAAAGAACACAUAAUGGAGUGUCAGGCAACCGGAAACCCCAAGACAGGAGAGGCCCUCGCCAAGUGUGGAGUGAUGGUUGGACACGAGCAGGCCAAAGCCAGGGCAGGAGUCUUCGCAGCGACCCCGGGUGCUGGCGGUCCCGUCACCAAGGGCGUCUAUGGAGCAGUUAAUGCAAAUGGACAUGGUCUGUCAGUGCAGCACGGUCAUAUUGAGGGCAUUGGUAGCACCACCACAGCCUCGGCUCAGGCGAGUCUCCUGCAGAACAAGCACACCAACCUCAAUGCCACAGGGUAUCACAGUCACAGUCGCACACAAGAUCAGUUUGGCGCGGGACUCAACAUGCAGACAUCCGGCGGUCAUUCCGCCGCAUUGGGGGUUAAUCGUGUGCCCCAGUUCAAUGUGACCACCAUGCAGGCCAGUGGCACGGCCAAUCUCUACACCUCACCCAGUGGCAAUGUCAAUCUGAAUGCCACCGGCAAUGCCAUGCGCCACAUGAGUGGACCACAUCGCGGCAAAUCCGACGUUGGUGGCGUACUCAACUUUCGAUAUAAUUUUUAGCGAGUGAAAUGUUAACCAAAUCCAAAUAAGUAUUGAUGA